GUGAAGGCAAGCAUUGAAAGGGUUUACCUGAUUGUGCGUGCAGUAUUCGUAACGGUGUCUUUAAAGCUUACUUUUCUACACAAAAUAUUGAAACGCUUGGUAUUUUCAAACUAAACGGGAACAACGGGGUAGGGAAGGUGAGGUUGGAGAGGGCAGGCUUCAACUAUAACAACGUUCCUCCACUGCUCCUUACUUCAGUCUUGCUGGCUAUAACCCUCUCAAAAUGAGGAAAACGGUGCAAAAAUAAUGACGGUUAAGUAAAGCAGCAGAGACUAAAUCAAACAUCCGGCGACUGCUGCAAAUAGAAAGUAGCUCAAGUCUGAAGAGGAAAACCAAGGAGACCGGAGCAUAAGGAUUUGAAUACAUAUAAGCCUAGUGGCAUGGCUUGCAGGCUGCAAACCCUUCUCGCCAAACUCAUUCCAGGAGUCUGGCUGUCUCUGAUGCUCCUUGACCCAAGCACUCAAACUGGAGUUGUGCCCGGGCAUAGAGAACCCCUUCCCGAUGACAGCAAGGACAACAUCACAAUUUUUACCAGGAUCUUAGACAGGCUGCUGGAUGGCUAUGACAACCGACUUCGACCUGGUCUUGGAGAAACAGUCACAGAGGUGGGCACCAACAUUUAUGUUACCAGUUUUGGACCAGUGUCAGACACAGACAUGGAGUAUACCAUUGAUGUUUUCUUCCGCCAGACCUGGAGGGAUGAUAGACUAAAAUUUGAUGGACCCAUGCAGAUUCUGCCUCUGAACAACCUGUUAGCCAGUAAAAUAUGGACACCAGACACAUUCUUCCACAAUGGAAAGAAGUCAGUGGCCCACAAUAUGACAACUCCUAAUAAAUUGUUACGGUUGGUGGACAAUGGCACCUUGCUCUACACCAUGAGAUUAACCAUUCAUGCAGAGUGUCCCAUGCACCUGGAAGACUUCCCCAUGGAUGCUCAUGCCUGUCCCCUAAAAUUUGGGAGCUAUGCCUACACCAACGAUGAGGUGAUUUAUAUCUGGAACCAUGACAUGUCCAUAUCCGUGGCAGAAGAUGGCUCAAGGCUCAAUCAGUAUGACCUGCUGGGACACGUCAUUGGGAAUGAGAUCAUCAGCUCCAGCACAGGAGAGUAUGUUGUCAUGACAGCACAUUUCCAUUUGAAAAGGAAAAUAGGUUAUUUUGUGAUCCAGACAUACCUCCCAUGCAUUAUGACGGUCAUUCUCUCUCAAGUCUCUUUCUGGCUCAACCGGGAGUCUGUUCCAGCACGAACUGUUUUUGGUGUGACCACGGUGUUGACCAUGACCACGCUGAGCAUCAGUGCCAGAAACUCACUGCCCAAAGUAGCGUAUGCCACAGCCAUGGACUGGUUCAUGGCAGUCUGUUAUGCUUUUGUCUUCUCUGCCCUCAUCGAGUUUGCCACUGUGAAUUACUUCACCAAGCGCAGCUGGGCCUGGGAUGGCAAGAAAGAGGCCUUAGAGAUGCGAAGAAGAGAGUCAGCCUCCCUCUCUAAGAAGAACAACACAUUCAACAUUGUGGGGACCACCUACACAAUGAACGUGGCCAAGGACCCUGGUCUGACCACCAUAGCCCAGAGUGUAGUGCAGACACCCCCUGGACCUACAGUGGCCCCACUGCGGCUACCCAGGAUGGAUGGUGAAUAUGUCCCAGAGGGGGGCAUCAAAUCCUACAACCAAGUCAGCAAAGUUGACAAAAUUUCCAGAAUAAUCUUCCCAAUACUUUUUUUUGUUUUCAACCUGGCGUACUGGGCCACUUAUGUCAACAGGAAGCCCAUAAUGAUGAAGAGCAACCCCCAGAAGUGAACUCGUGUGGCAGCACAAUAACCACAGAAGAGAUCACUCACACUGCCAGGCAAAUCUCUUGUAGCCAAACCCAUUUACAUACAAUUCUGCUUCACACAAACAUUGUAUAUAUACAAAGAUUGUAUAUAUACCAUAUACAUACACAUAGAGAUGUGUGUUUGUAUGCAUAUGCACAAUAUGUGUCUGUGUGCAUUUAGCGCAUACAUGUGUGUAGGGUAACGCUCCAGAUAUUCCUUUAUAAUUUAUGGAUUCUGCACCAUGCAGGCAGUAGCUUAAGAGCAUUUGUACUUUCUUAUCUUCACUAAUUAUCUGUGUAAGUCCAUUUAGUUACUCCCUUUAGUACUGUUCAGUGCAUUUCUGAAUGUGUGUCCUCAUUGGUACCUCAUUUCUUUCCAUUAUUGUUGAUGCAUUUUCUUACACUCACAUACAGUACUGUCUGCUGCAUGGGUUUCUAAGUCGUAGCCCCUCAGAAUCAUCCAUUUCCAUUCAUGCACUCUGCAUUUAAUUGACCUAACAGAACAUCACAUUGGUAUGCUGUGGCUCUAUUCACAUCAUUUCAUUUUCCAGUAACCUUUUCAAAAACGUAUAACCCCACUUAUAAAGAGAAGGGUGGUUUCAGGGGACAAAACGUGGUGCCUUUUUGAAUGUGUGCUCCAAAAAUCAGUCUUUUGAAUCUCUCCAGCUCACAUGUGUAUUGCCCUGGGUCUAGCACCCUACCUUGCCUUAGCAGUGUGGUGUUUGAGAAAUAUAUGCCCACCUCCCCCCCUCCCCAAAAAAAAAAAAAACUACCAGUACCCAUAAUAUUCAACACAAAU